UCGGUCGUGAGAAUUUUCGACUUCUCCACCAAUUCUCCACCACCAAUUCUCCACCACCAAACCUCCCUAUGUUCCCGACUGCAGCUCGACUGUCCAAAGCCUCCAGACGUCCUCUCACGACAAAACGAGGGAAUAAAGAUUACUACAAAGGCACUCGACAAGCUGUUCUUCCUGGCGGUCACCGAACAGGUGCACCAGGCCGACACGUCGUUCGAGGAAAAGCAAAGUAUCGCCUUUUGGAUGAAAAAGUUCGCGUAUUCGUUGCACCGCCGAUAUUAGAAAUUGAGAACUCUACGUUAAGACCAUACGUAUCCACCUCUGUGCAGCUUAAGGAAAGCGAGAAACGAGCGGCUUUCGGGAAAUUUCGUGAAGCUGGUGGGCUUACACCGCAACAUUACCUCAAAAUGCUUCGCGAGAAUGCACAACAGGCCAAGCCGAAAGAGUUAAUGGAGACAGAUUCAAGUCAUUCUGUGUCGCGCUUGACUGGAUUUAUGGAGAAGGUUGGACUACGGUGACCUCUCACGAAGGGACGUGCUGACCCAUCGUACCGUUAUUCUUUCCGGUAGAUGCGACUUGAAACUAACCUACUUACUUCGAUUUUUGGUGUGGACAUCUGGGUUCUCGAACCCUUUCGCCGAGCCGCUGCUGAUCGAGACUCGCAGAGGAUAUCCCAAGACAAACCUAACUACCUUACGAGGGCUCAGAACAAUGAUAUAACCACUUCACACUCCCUCUUUGAACGGCGUCUAACGCCAACUCAGAGCGACUUUCGACUAGCUCAGCACUCAAGGAGUUACCCGAGCAAUACUAGAUUGUGAAUCUAUUACCCUCGUGCUGCAGACAGAUUUGGGUGCAGUUGCCUAUUUUCCUCGUCACAGGCGGUAUCGCAAAAGUACUCAGAGACUUGAGGCUGGUCCUGCUCGUGAUAUUCUACGAGUAUUCACUGUGAGGUAGAUAACGCAAGUGGGUAAAGUGUGUCCCAGUCAAUCGUUGGACCGAGGGGGAGUGCAGCGUAGAUCUACACUCGCAAU